AUGGAUGUCGCUGCACUGCGCAGUCGCAUCGCCGCGACUCUGGAUGUCGAUGCAGACACUCGGCGCCGUGCUGAACUUGAAUUGAAGACUGCAAACCAUCCGGGAUUUAUUGACGCUAUUCUGGAGAUUCUACAGGCAGAGCAAGAACCUUCUAUUCGCAUGUCAAAUGCAGCCGUUAUUUACUUAAAGAACCGAGUUACAAGAGGAUGGUCUUUAGAUCCAGCUACUACACAACAGAAUAAACCCAUACCAGAUGAUGAGAAGCAGCGGCUACGUGAACGCUUACUUCCGGUUCUUGCUUCCUCUCCUGCAAAGAUUCGGCAUCAGAUCAUACCGGUUUUACAAAAGAUACUUCACUUUGACUUUCCCGAAAAAUGGCCCUCCUUUAUCACCAUCACAGCUCAGCUUCUCAACACCAAUGAAGCCCCAUCAAUAAUGGCUGGCCUUCAGUGCCUCCUUGCGCUCUGCCGAGUUUUCCGAUUUAAGUCCGGAGAUAGCCGUGCCGACUUUGAUAAGAUUAUUAUCGCGACGUUUCCCCGACUACUUGAAAUUGGACAAGGCUUAGUGAAUGAAAUGAGUGAGGAAGCGGGAGAGAUGCUUCACGUCGUAUUGAAAUCAUACAAACAUGCUACAUUUUUCGAGCUGGCUGCAUCUCUUCGAGAACAGCCGACUGUCAUUGGGUGGUGCUCGUUAUUCCUGCAAACUGUUGCCAAAGAAGUGCCUUCCACAGCGCUCCCGGAAGAUACCGCUGAGCGUGAAGCAAAUCACUGGUGGAAAGCAAAGAAAUGGGCAUACUUUAAUCUUAACCGAUUAUUCGUUCGCUACGGAAAUCCGUCUGCAUUACAAAAGGGUAACGGAGACGCCUAUACCGAAUUCGCUAAAGCAUUCAUUGCAAAUAUUGCCCCCGAGAUCUUGAAGGGAUAUCUUCAACAAAUCGAAAAGUGGGUUGCAAAGGCAACAUGGCUCAGCCGACCAUGCCUCUCCUAUACACUAAUAUUCUUAGAUGAAUGUGUUAAACCUAAAGAGAUGUGGAAUCAUCUAAAACCUCAUCUAGACUCUCUCGUCACACAUGUUCUAUUUCCAGUCAUGUGCCUCUCUUCUGAAGAUGUUGAGAAGUUUGAUACAGAUCCUGAGGAAUAUUUACACCACAAGCUCAAUUUUUUCGAAGAGGCCUCUGCACCGGGUGUAGCAGCAACAAAUUUCCUAGUAACGCUUACUAAGGUACGCAGAAAACACACUUUCACAAUUCUUACCUUUGUCAACAAGGUGGUAAGUGAAUAUGAAAACGCCGAAGCGGAUAAGAAAAACCAUAUCGCUAAAGAAGGAGCGCUUAGAAUGAUCGGAACGCUAUCCGGUGUUAUAUUAGGCAAAAAAAGUCCUAUAGCCGAACAAGUGGAAUACUUUUUGGUUCGAUUUGUUUUUCCUGACUUCAGAAGCUCCCAAGGCUUUUUGCGUGCUCGAGCUUGUGAUACUGUAGAAAAGUUUGAGCAGCUCGAUUUUAAAGAUUCAAACAACCUCCUAAUCAUCUACCGCAAUAUCCUUGAGUGCAUGGCAGAUCCAGAACUUCCCGUUCGUGUAGAGGCAGCAUUAGCACUUCAGCCACUAAUAAGGCAUGACAUUAUUCGUACGAAUAUGCAGCAAAAUAUUCCCCAAAUAAUGCAACAACUUCUCAAGCUUGCAAAUGAGGUCGACGUUGAUGCCUUGUCCAAUGUCAUGGAAGACUUCGUCGAAGUUUUUGCGACUGAACUCACUCCAUUCGCAGUGGCUUUGAGUGAACAAUUGCGCGAUACGUAUCUAAGAAUAAUUCGUGAGCUUCUUGAGAAAAAUGAGAAGCGAGAGGACGGCGACGAGACGUAUGGUGAAUAUUUAGACGACAAAAGUAUCACUGCACUAGGUGUGCUACAAACUAUUGGCACUCUCAUACUUACCCUUGAAAGUACACCAGACGUGCUUCUGCACAUGGAAUCAAUUUUAAUGCCAGUUAUCAAGGUCACUCUUGAGAAUAAGCUAUAUGAUCUUUACAAUGAAGUUUUUGAGAUUAUUGACAGCUGCACAUUUGCCGCCAAGUCAAUAUCACCAACAAUGUGGCAAGCCUUUGAACUUAUACACACUACCUUUAAAGCUGGUGCGGAGCUUUAUUUGGAGGACAUGCUACCAGCACUGGAUAACUUCGUCCAGUAUGGCGUACCUCAUCUCAUCGAAAACACGCAGUAUCUCGGGGCUAUGUUUGGCAUGGUUAGUGACAUGUUCUCUGAUCAAAAGGUUGGGGGAGUGGACAAAAUCUGCGCUUGCAGGCUAGCAGAAGGUAUCAUGUUAAGUCUCCGCGGUCAUGUUGACCAAUACGUCCCAGCAUUUGUGGAUAUUGGUAUGCGUACACUAACUAAUGGUGAUGUUAAAGUCAAGUCUUACAAGAUUCAUUUGAUGGAAAUGGUCAUCAAUGCGAUCUACUACAGUCCAGUCCUGACCCUUAAUGUUCUAGAAUCAAAAAACUGGACAAAUAAAUUUUUUUCCAUGUGGUUUUCUAGUAUUGAUAGCUUCACAAGAGUUCACGAUAAGAAGCUGUCAAUUGCGGCUAUUAUCGCUUUACUUACGCUUAAUGCUGAUCAAGGCGUUGUUCGUUUGUUUCAAACUCUACCAGCAGCUACGAAAAAUCGUGAAGAAGCACUGAAGGAAGAUUAUCCACUCGAUAACCAAUAUGGUGAUGAUGAUGACGAGUGGGCAGGGGAUGAAACUGCUUGGGACGAAGAACCAGAUGCUGACGAUGAUGCUGAUGGUAAAGAUGAGAAUAGUGCAUACAUUGAUUUCUUGAAUGAGGAAGCCCAAAAGUUCAAGAGUGCAGAGCAUGAUUCUGAUGAUGAACUCGGGGAAGAAAGUCUUCUUGAAACACCACUUGAUAGAAUAGAGCCUUACAUGCUCUUUCGCGAUGCUCUCAUAAAACUCCAACAAGGGCAGCCUCAAUUAUACGAAUCAUUGAUCAAGGUCCUGACAGCUGAUGAGCAAGCUGUAGUACAGAGCGUGAUUCACCAAGCUGAAAUAAAUGCCGUGCAGGCAGCUUCUCUCCAAGGAACAGUAGCAAACCAAAUAUUAACUUAG